CAAAUGCCCGAGACAGCCCGCCGCGAAGAGCAAUACUGAGUUAUCAUUGCUCCUCAAAGCACUUCGCAGAUAGCUAGCAAACCGAGUGGUUUUCUGUGCUGUAUCCACACCAUCAAACUCGAUUAACCGGUCGAGCAUAAGAAGCCCGCCGAUUUUUUCGUUCGCGUCAUUUCCGGUAACGAUAAGCUGGGCAAUACGUUGGUUUAUGGAAUUGUAGUGGUCGAGAAAUUUAUCUUGGGGCAGCUCUGGGAGCGGAGAUAGCUGAUCAGCAACGACGUUCAACUAGUAGGCAUCAUAUUCCAACCGAGCUGUCUUACCUCGAGAAGCUGCGAUAAUAUUUUCGUGAAGCUCGGUGGCAGCUCUGUUUCGAGUAUCCUCGUUCUUGGAUUUGAGCUCCUGAAAGAGUCGCUGAGUCGUAUCUGCAGCUGGGGUAACUUGCGCCAUGUUUUGAUAUCAAGAUCGAAAGAAGUUGGCUACACAACUAGCUCCUGGAGCUAAAACAUGGGCAUCAAUCAGCGCGUCGAUAUAGUAGCUGAAGAAACAGCACAGCACAUAUUCUUUGCAACCAGACUUCCAUCGGCCGCCAAAACAAGAGACCACUUGCUUCGGUGCUCCUUGGAUUUCUAAUGAUGCUGAUGAUUCUUCCGCUGCCUUGAGGUUGAGGUAGAUAACGCUUAGGUAAUGAAAAAUCACGUGCACCAACCUCGACGUCUGGAAAAACUUUGGAUGUCAAAGUUGAAGAUUCAUGGAGGCGAAGCAAAGAAACGCAGAGGAAGACGAAGAAGAGGAAGAGCAUUGGAGGCAAUAGCUGCCACAAUUUGAUGCCAUGGCGGCCCGGAUGUCGCCCACAACGAAGAUUCUGCGCAAGUCUCGUCUAUUUGCGCUCCCGGCUUCGCUCUCACCCCCAGCACAGUCUCUGACCUCAAGCUUAAACUCCUGGUCCGAUACAGCGACACUUCCAUAUCCUACUAGAGCGGCUAUUGAGACACCCGCCAGCUCUCUUGCAAGAGGGGAUUGGGGUCUAAAGCGGCCGCUACCUGCCAAAUCCACCGUGGACAGCUCUUCGAACCCUCUUGUCCGGAUUAACUAUCUCGAUACUUACGAGCACAUCACAGACUUCCACUCUGCGAAUGACCACGCCCUCACUCUCAAGAAAUAUCAGGAGCUAUCUCUCCCUAUAUCCUCAACAACUCAUGGCACAUCAUCGCUUGUGGGCAGCGGCCGACAUACGAGCGUGUUUGAAAGCUCGACCGAUAACAUAACCGCAUCUCCCGAUCACAGCUCUGAGAAGAAACUGAGAUAUAGAUUCAAGGGACCAUGGUUGGCUGGAAUGACUGAAAUCGAAUUUGAAAGAUACCUUAAGAAAGUACGAAAACAGAGGCCAGAGUUCCUACAGAAACUCCGCGAAGUUGUCAUAGAGAACAAGGCCCUGCAGACACGGAGACGGUUGAUGGACGAGGGUAAAUCAUUCGAGGAAUCGGAUCUACCGAAGACACUGAGUGACGCCGAAUUUGAAAGUGCUCUUCUGGCUCUUCGUGCGGAUCCUGCAGCACUCGGCCCGGAGGUCAACAAGUUCCUCGAUCUAGCUACUCCACCCAAGGUCCCUGACAGACGAAUUCACCUACGCAACUGGGCUGCUGGCCCGUCUGAUGUAGCAUCACCCCAAUAUGCACGAGAUGGCCCUCCCAAAACCCAUCCGUCUGCUGGUCUCAGCUACUUGCGUACCAGGUCUCAUCUCGAGAACCAUCCCAUUGCAGGACCCCAGCAGAACCCCCGUCCAGUCCAAGCUCGAUUGCUGCGUGCAAGAGGCCGUGGCAGAGGAGGAUCAUCCAAGAGCAUAGUCGGUGUUGCUGGCUUUGUUACAGACGACAUUGGCCCAUCCGCGUCCAGAGAUUUUGACAGCCAAAAGGGAUCGAUCCAGUUUGACCCUGAUCUUCCUGGUGGUGCUAAAUAUUGGGUCAAGGUAGAGAAGGCAACUGUAGAUGUCAAGGGCAAAGUCCUGCUCCGUGUCGACGGCGCUACGAAUUCCGUCAAGGCCCUCUAUGGAGUCCAAGGCGCAGCCGAAGCUCUACCCUCUUUCGUCACCAACCGCGCAGGUUACGGCCGCCUUGAUGAUAAGCGAUGA